AUGUCAUCACCCGAAUCCCUCACCCAUCCCGAGGGAUCCCCGGCCACUCUCAACCAAUCACCAGAAUCGCCUUUGAAUGUUGUUGACGUUGGCCCUUCGAGAUGGGCAAUCGUUGACAAACUACAGGAGCGCACUAAUAUUAUGACUCAGGGAGAUGUCACUAAUGGCCUUGGCCCAUCAUAUGUGACUGAGGAGUUCCUUUGUCACCCUAUUGGCUCUAGCAAUACACUUGCAUUUAUGCGAGUGUAUAAGCAAGCACCUAUUGCCGGCACCAAAUUUAAGGCGGCUUCAAUCCGAGCCACACAGGCUGUCAAGUCAUAUGAGCCUACGGCGCUUACCACUCUCAAGGCUCUCCAAGAGAAAGGCUGCGAUGUUGUUCCUCGGCUCCUUGGAUGUCAGUGUGAUCAACAAGAAGAAGGCGAUAUUGUCCCUGGUGGGUUUAUCACAUAUGUGAUAUGGGAAAAGGUGCUAGGCGAGUCCCUCGAUAUGCAAACAUUCUUGUGA